AUGAAGAUCCGGAACAAGAGUCUUGGUAUGUGGCACCGCAUCUGGCUCUUCUUUUUGCUGGGCACUAGCAACUCUAGGAAAAUUGUUGGAAAUGUCGACCACCAGUGGCUGGGGAAUGGAACUAGCGAUAGUCCAUAUAUCGUAUCCUGGCCUGUGAAUGAUGCGUUGAAUGGCCGUAACUAUGGUACGAUGAGAAAAAUCAGCAUCAUAGUCGUCUCAGGACUGUCAACUCUCUCAGUUGCUUUUGCAUCAAGUGCUUAUUCUGGAGACCUGUCCUCAAUUUGCCAGUAUUUUGGAGUUUCUGAUGAGGCUGCAACACUGGGCCUGUCGCUUUAUGUCCUAGGCUUCGCGAUAGGGCUUUUGCUGUGGGCCCCCAUGAGUGAGGCUUUUGGCAGGAGAAUCGUGUUCUUGGCCACUUUCAGCCUUUUCACUAUCUUCAACAUUGCGGCAGCAAUUUCCGCCAAUUUCGCUUCCCUGGUCAUUUUCAGAGCUUUGGCCGGAAUGUUCGGCAGUGCACCUCUCACCAACUCUGGAGGGGUUGUGGCCGAUCUCUACAGUGCGGAAACGAGAGGACUUGCGGCAGUGUUCUACUCUUGUGCCACCUUUCUUGGGCCUGUUUUGGGUCCCAUUGCGGGCGGAUUUCUCGGCAAGGCUCAAGGAUGGAGAUGGGUCGAAGGCCUGCUGGCAAUCUACUCGGGAAUUAUGCUUAUACUCGGAAUACUUUGCGUUCCCGAAACCUUCAGUAACGUUCUCCUUCGCCGACGUGCCGCCAUGCUUUCGAUGCAGACGGGAAAGUUAUAUGUCAGCAGCGUCGAUCACCGCAACCCCCCAGGGUCUCUGGCGGAGAAGUUUCAAGUAUCAACGACCCGUCCUUUGCAUCUGCUCUCCAAUGAGCCGAUCCUUGUCGUUCUCGCGCUUUAUAUGUCUUUCCUUUACGGCACCACCUAUCUGCUACUAGCAGCACUACCUAUCGUGUUCCAACGUGUCCGCGGAUGGAGUCCAGGGAUGGGUGGCCUUGCAUUCGUACCUAUUGCAAUCGGCAUGCUUUUCGCCACGGCUUUUAUGGUCUUCAUCAAUCGUCAAUAUACAAGGAAAUUCAGAGCGUCCGAGACUGGCCAGCUGCCUCCCGAAGCACGCCUGCCUUCAGGCAAGGUUGGGGCUGCUCUGAUUCCUACCGGUCUAUUCCUUUUUGCAUGGACCAAUGACCCUUCGAUCAACUGGGCUGUUUGUAUGGUUGGUAUUUCCUUCUUUGGGUUUGGCAAUAUCUGUGUCACAUUAGCAUUGGUCAACUAUCUUGUCGAUAGCUAUGUGACCUCUGCUGCGUCGGCUCUUGCCGCUGCCACGGUGAUGCGAUCACUUUGCGGGGCGACAUUCCCGCUUUUCACCACAUAUAUGUACGAUGAAUUGGGAAUUCACUGGGCAAGUAGUGUGCCGGCCUGUCUAUCUCUGGCUUGUCUUCCAGCUCCAUACCUUUUGUCAAAAUUCGGCCCUCGGAUACGCCGGCGAUCCAAGUUUGCAACUAUCGCAAUGGGCGACGAGAACUAG